CCCCCUGCAAUCUCUCCCUCCGCCGGUACGGUGUCACCUUGGGGGUCUCUCCGGUCAGUUCGUGAGAAGAUGGCAGAGAGUGGGACGCGGAGGACCUCCCCCAAGGCCGUGAAGUUCCUCUUCGGGGGGCUGGCCGGGAUGGGGGCCACGGUGUUCGUUCAGCCGCUGGAUCUGGUGAAGAAUCGCAUGCAGCUGAGCGGCGAAGGAGCCAAGACCAGGGAAUACAAAACCAGCUUCCACGCCGUGGGCAGCAUCCUGCGGAACGAGGGUCUGCGGGGCAUUUACACCGGAUUAUCUGCGGGGCUUUUGCGGCAGGCCACCUACACUACCACGCGACUCGGUAUUUAUACCAUAUUGUUUGAGAAACUGACCAAGGCUGACGGGACGCCCCCCAAUUUUUUAAUGAAGGCAGCCAUCGGGAUGACGGCCGGCGCUACUGGAGCAUUCGUGGGGACGCCGGCUGAGGUCGCCCUCAUCAGAAUGACCGCAGAUGGAAGGUUACCAAUCGAUCAGAGGAGAGGCUACAGCAACGUGUUCAACGCCCUAGUGAGGAUUACCAGAGAGGAGGGAGUCGCCACGUUAUGGAGGGGUUGUGUGCCCACCAUGGCUCGUGCGGUUGUGGUGAAUGCAGCUCAGCUGGCUUCCUACUCCCAGUCCAAGCAGGCCCUUUUAGACUCUGGGUACUUCAGGGAUGAUAUCCUGUGUCACUUUUGUGCCAGCAUGAUCAGCGGUCUGGUCACCACCGCGGCCUCCAUGCCCGUCGAUAUUGCGAAAACCAGGAUACAGAAUAUGAGAAUGAUAGACGGGAAGCCGGAAUAUAAGAACGGACUGGACGUUCUCCUGAAGGUCGUGCGAUACGAGGGCUUCUUCAGCCUGUGGAAGGGCUUCACUCCGUACUACGCCCGCCUCGGCCCUCACACCGUCCUGACCUUCAUCUUCCUCGAACAAAUGAACAAGCAGUACAAGAAGUUCUUCCUGAGCGGAUGAUGGGCCCCCGAGAACAAGCCCUCCUGAGAACACUGCACCCCGAUAAUUGCCCCGGGCCCACCGGCCGCUAGACAUUGCUCUAUAGUGCUUUGCCCCUCCCCCGCCGCCACCACCACCUCUGGUGUUUAACCCUGUGAGCGCCAAGGCUUUUGGGGCAGUGUACCUCAUUGCCCUCCUUUUCUGGACCUCAGAGGGUUAAAAGUUUCUUCCUGCGUGUAACAGGAACAGGUCGGGGAGGUCGUAAACCUCACAUAUAUGCAAUAAUCAGGAAUUUAUAUAUAUAUAUAUAUAUAUAUGUGCGCACGGAUCGGGACUGUCCUUCCUCGUGGAUCCCCCCCGACAACGAACAAGUUCUCAUUGAAUAAUACUGACAGCGGCCUCCCGCGGACCCCGGCGACCGGUGUGUUGUUUUUAACGUGGAAGGUCCUACAUGUGUGUUAAUUAAAUGCUUUCGUAGAGGCAGAA